ACCCGACAGCUUGGACGUCACCUCCGAAAAUAUCCCUUUCGGCCGUCUACUGUACUUUCCGUUGUUAUUUUCUCUCUCUGAACCUGCCGAAGCAGUUGCCUGACCAUGCUCUACCGGGGCCUCCGUACCGUGGCCCAUGCCGCGUCAAGGUUUUCUCUGACACCAGCUCAAUACUCCCUACGAUCCCUACCAACCCAGUUCCAGCAAGUCCGCAGCUAUGCCGACAGGACGGUCAAGGUCCCAGCGAUGGCCGAGUCCAUCAGCGAAGGCACAUUAAAGCAGUGGAGCAAGCAGAUUGGCGAACACGUGCAGCAGGAUGAAGAGAUUGCGACAAUCGAGACUGACAAGAUCGAUGUCGCUGUUAAUGCACCGGAAGCCGGGAUCAUCAGGGAGUUCCUCGUCAACGAAGAAGAUACCGUCACUGUUGGACAGGACCUUGUCCGCUUGGAACUCGGAGGAGCCCCUUCAGGUGACUCCGAGAAGCCAGCUUCGCCUGAAUCGAAAGACAGUCAAGAAACUGUUCCAAAGGAGAAGACUCAAGAACCGGCCCCCGAGAAGCAAGCUGAGGCAGAGACAAAGCCCGAGUCCAAGCAGGAGACGAGCAAACCGGCCUCGCCUUCCCCGUCGGAUACAAAGGAGACAGCGGCCCCAAAGCAGACCGGACAACCCUCGCAGCCACCGAAGGAUGCCUCAAGCUCUGCGUCCGUGUUUGGAAAUAGGGAGGAGCGACGAGUGAAAAUGAACCGCAUGCGUCUUCGCAUUGCCGAGCGCUUGAAGCAAUCCCAGAACACGGCUGCAUCCCUUACCACGUUCCAGGAAGUCGACAUGUCGGCGCUGAUGGAGUUCCGCAAACUGUAUAAGGAAGAUGUGCUGAAGAAGACGGGCGUCAAGCUUGGAUUCAUGAGCGCGUUUGCUCACGCGUGCGUCCUGGCCAUGCGCGAUCUCCCCGUGGUUAACGCCUCGAUUGAAGGGCCCAACGGCGGCGAUACGAUCGUCUAUCGCGACUACGUCGACAUUAGUGUUGCAGUUGCCACCGAGAAGGGCCUCGUGACCCCCGUGGUUCGCAACGUCGAGGCUCUGGACAUGAUCGGCAUCGAGAAGGCUAUCGCUGACAUGGGCAAGAAGGCCCGGGAUGGGAAGCUGACUAUUGAGGACAUGGCUGGUGGGACCUUCACUAUCAGCAACGGUGGCGUUUUCGGCUCUCUGAUGGGUACGCCCAUUAUCAACCUCCCUCAGACCGCCGUCCUUGGGCUCCAUGCUGUGAAGGAGCGCGCUGUCGUCGUCAAUGGCAAGGUCGAGGCUAGACCUAUGAUGUACCUCGCCUUGACCUACGAUCACCGGCUCCUGGAUGGCAGGGAGGCUGUCCAGUUCCUGGUCAAGGUGAAGGAUUACAUCGAAGACCCGAGGAGGAUGUUGCUGUAGACUCCCCAUGUGGAAUAAUUACUCGGUGGAGAGGCUGGGAGACCCGGUCUAUUAUAGAUCCCAUCGUGUCGUGUAUAGUGUAAAAUAUGUUUCACCACGCGAAUCUGAACAUUUCACCAGGGC